CGUUGGAACAGUUUCCACUUACAGGGACUUGACCAUAUGAGAGUAUUGAAUUUCACAUAUAUACAUAUACAUAUUAUAUAUAUAUGUUCGAAAACACAUGGAUCAACAACCUAACCUUUGAGGCCUUUGAGUAAAAUUAAAAAUAAAUAAAAAUAAUAAGCAAACAAUAAAAUGGCUGGAGUUUUAUUUGAAGAUAUUUUUAACGUAAAGGACAUAGAUCCUGAAGGAAAAAAAUUCGAUCGAGUAAGUCGAUUGCACUGUGAGUCUGAGUCAUUUAAAAUGGAUCUGAUACUGGACAUCAACAGCUGGCUCUACCCCAUGGAACUCGGUGACAAAUUUCGUCUGGUUCUGGCGACAACACUCCGAGAAGAUGGUUAUCCUGAUGGAGGAGAUUGGGCAGCAAUUGAGCAGCUACCAGGCGGAUCUCGAGCGGACAGUUUCGAGUACGUCAUGUCAGGAAAAGUUUAUCGUAUGGAAGGUGAUGAAGCCACAAACGAACCAGGAAGUAGACUUUCUGCUUACGUUUCUUUCGGUGGACUUCUCAUGAGGCUCCAAGGCGAUGCAAACAAUCUCCAUGGAUUUGAGAUUGAUCAACAUAUGUACUUACUAAUGAAACGACUUGCCUUUUAGUUUAUUUAUUUAACUAUAAAUCUUUAAGACAUUUAUUUUAUAAUUACUCUUAGGAUAUUGUCAUUCAAUGAGAAACUGAUAACUUUUUUUUUUU